AUGACUCGGGAGUGUAUGAUGGACGAUCCGGACUACAUCCGAGUACUGAACGCCGAGACGCCAAUGGAUAGAACAAGUGGUGACCGCCCCAAUGGACAACACACGACGGAGUUGCACCCUUGUCGCUAUCUCCAGUCAAGCUCAAAUCCCGUGGACUUCGACAAGACCGCGCUUAUCAUCUUGAACUCGCCAAUCCAAGAUCUUGGCCUCCUCGAAGCUCUAUAUGGUCACGCAGGCUACCGUAUCUGCUGCGAUGGAGGCGCGAACCGGCUCUACGAUCUGCUGUCGCAGCAAAAGACUCCAGAGACCCUGCGGACACUACUACCAAAUGCCAUUCAUGGAGAUCUGGAUUCUCUGAGAGACGACGUCCGCAGGUACUACGAGGAGCACGACGUCAAAGUCAUGCGCGAUCCCGAUCAGAACAGCAACGACUUUGGAAAAUGCAUGGCCUACAUCGCGGACGGAUUGCCGAGCGUGCAGACUGUCCUGGUGUUGGGCAGCCUUGGAGGCCGUGUGGAUCAAGGUAUAGGCCUGCUACAUGGGAUCUACCGCGAACAGAAACAUCAACGGCCCCAUUUACGAUUGCUCUUCUUCUCUGAAGGCAGUGUCAGUAUGGUGAUCAUGAGCGGAACAACCACCAUUCACACGCCACUGGGAGAAGGCGUGAUUGAAGAGAACGUUGGGAUCUUGCCGCUCUACGGCAAGGCUGUGAUCAGCACGGAGGGGCUGGAAUGGGAUGUCCGAGACUGGCCAACAGAGAUGGGCGGAAAUGUGAGCACGUCGAAUCACAUCAAGGCAGACCAGGUGUCCAUCAUUUCCGAUGUUGACGUUCUGUUUACGAUCGAAAGAAGGACCACAUGA